AUGGAUCGUGUAAUUGGACUAAUCGAUAUGGACUGUUUCUAUGCGCAGGUUGAACAGCGAGAACGACCGGAGUUGUGGGACACACCAGUGGUGGUUGUUCAACAUGCAAGAGAAGGAGCUCCAGGAGGAGUAAUUGCGGUGAGCUACGAGGCUAGAAAAUUUGGUGUGAAACGUGGAAUGAUGAUCCCUGAAGCCAAGACCAAAUGUCCUGAAUUGAACGUUUGCUUCGUGCCUCAAGGAGAACAUAUCGAUAAGGCCGAUAUCCAGAAGUAUCGGUGA